AUGGCCUCAUCAGUCACAGUACCAAAGGACGUGGCCCUCCCAGCAGACGCCCAAGAUACCGUCUCGUCCGUCUCGUGGUCGCCCACCGCCAACCAUGUGGCAGCAGCGUCCUGGGAUGGAAAGGUUCGUGUCUACGACGUCGCUGCGGACGGAUCGCAGGCACGGGGACUAGUCAUGUUCAACACGGGCGGAGGAGGGAGAGGGGCAGGAGGGCCGGUGUUAAGCUGCGACUGGGUCAAGGACGGAACCACCCUCGUCGCAGGAGGAGCCGACAAGAACAUCCACCUCCUCCACGCCGCCACAGGCCAGUCCACCAUCAUCGGCACCCACGACGCCCCCAUCCGAGCCGUCUGCCGCGUGGACGACGACCACCACGGCUCCAUUAUCUGCUCCGGAUCCUGGGACCGCACCGUCAAGUUCUGGGAUAUUCGCCAACCGGGAAGCAGCACCGGUGGUCGGCCCCUCGGCACCCUCACCUGUGCCGAGCGGGUGUAUGCCAUGGCUUCUGCGUCGCGCGCCCUCGUCAUCGCCACUGCGGACAGACAUGUCCACCUGGUGGACCUAGCUCAUCCGACCGUCUUUAUGCGCUCGAUAAUGUCGCCGCUGCGGCACCAGACACGUGCCGUGGCUGUCGCGCCAGACGGGAAGUUUUGGGCUGCGGCGUCGAUCGAGGGACGCUGUGCAAUCAGUUCUGUGGACGAAAAGGAAUCGAGCACCAACUUCACCUUUCGUUGCCACCGCUCGCAGCCUGAAGACACUAGCACCAAGACAGUCAAGGUCUUCACCGUCAACGACGUGCAGUUCCACCCAGCCCACCCCACGACCUUCACCACCGCCGGCUCGGACGGCACCUUUCACUUCUGGGACCGCGUGGCGCACCAGCGGCUGAGAGGGUAUCCAGCAGUGGGCGGGGCCAUCACGACCACGGCGUUCAACAGGGACGGGAGUCUUUUCUUGUAUGCUGUUGGCUAUGACUGGGCUUUGGGCUUUGCUGCGAACUCGCCCGAGUAUCCGGUUCGGUUGAUGGUGCAUCGGGUUGCGGAGGAGGAUGUGAAGGGGAAGAAGGGGUAG